AACUAUUUUUCGGUUUCAAAGCCUCACCUUGAGUUCUUUUCGGCCUUAAUAGCUCUUGUGUUGUCAUUGAACAUCCUAACCAAUUUAAUCUCAUCAAAGGUAAUAGUUUAGCUCUGAUGGUUGAAACAUGUAGCCCUUUCCUACUAGCAUCCAAGACCUUAGCUCAACUUGGCUCAACUCUACUCUACAUAGUUGUUACAAUUGAUAAUAUCUUUAAUGAGGAGAGUACUCAUGUAGUUGGGUUUCCAGAGUCCACAAAGUAGCAUGAGAAACCGCAAACAAUGUCUAUGGGCCAUUGCCAUGUUGAAAUUCCAACUUCUUAAAGCUGCAGUGUGUAACUUUUACAAAAACAUGUAUUUUCCAAAUUUGUUAACAUUGUCGCCAUGUCAUGACAGUAUGACACAUAAUUUGUGAAAAGAUUGAGCGUCUCCAACUCCUCCCUGAGCUACUACUAUUGUCCUCUAUAGAAAUUUACCGCUCACAGUCAAAAACAACCAAUCAGAGCCAAGAGGAGAGUCUUAGUGCUAUCAAUCAAUGCUUCUCAAUGUGCUAAUAGCAGAGAAACUGUUUAUCUGCCAUCAUCGGUGGCCAUGCUAACGACCUUUAGCAUUUGUGGCAGGCUAUGUUGUGGUGAACCAGCUGUUGCAUAGCAGAGAGCAAGGGGGAAGAGGUGAACAUGAGUGACUGACAGUGCUAAGACCGCUAACAUUAUACUUUACUUUUAUUAAAUAUGUAAAAAGCGUUCUUUCUAAUGAAAGUUACAUACUUCAGGUCCCCAGCACCUAUCCCUUCAUCCCUACCUUGUUCUCACCUCCCAUUAAUUCAUCAUUGUUCUGUCUGGGAGGGGUGGCGGGUACUAACCAGACUUCAGAAAAGUUAUUGAAGGCUGGACUCCCACACUGAGUUUUCACCCAAGGCUCCAUUCAUUUAGCUCCCAUAUGACUCAUCUCCUCAUUUGUCCAUCCACCAGACUCCUUCUUUUUUUAAGUCUUUACAUUCAUGUGGCGUGGUCCUUGCUAGUAAAAACUCAGUUAUAAGCAGAUAAAUCAGGCUGAAAGUAAACCUUUGGAAUUGCCUUCACCUUAAUCCUAAAUAAAAUAUGAACUCUCUCUGCAGCUUGUAAAGGGAAAUCCAGCCAAAUGAUACUUUGAGAUGUUUAUUUAUGUUGGAGCCUGUGAGGAUCAUUUUUGAGCUAGUGAGCAUUACUGCAAAUUUCUAAUAAAUUUGAACUUGUGAAUAUUUUUUGACAUAAAAAUUCUUUUAGUUGGAAAAUUAUCCCCCCUCUAAAAAUGGUAGGAUGAUCUGUUUAAACAUUAUCCUGGGGUUUUUUUUCUCACCCAGAUACUGUGACAUGAUUUAUUUAUAAUCAUGUCACAUCUUUCUGCUGCAUCCUGUUACACUUUUUCCUGAUCUGUAGGGCGGAGACUAAUGGCCCUUGACAUUGAAAGUCUCCUGAAAGAAAUGCCACUUUUUAGCUCUCCUGUUAAGGUACGAGGACUGCACUUUUUACAAACCUUUGGAUCUUUUCCCCCCAAUUUGGUAAGUCCUGUGGACAACCGGAUCAAUAUAGGAAACAUUAGACAUGACACCAACGUCAAGAAAAAGGAUAUGUUGUUUUUGUCAAUCUACUGUGCUUCAUUUUUGUGAACAGAAUAUAAACGCGAUCUAAUUUACAGUACACUUUUAUUUUUAUCUUGCAAACAAGUGGAAGAAACUUUUUAGAGAGCCUUUGGUUCAUGUGAAAGGAAAAAUUCACAGGCAGGGAGGAGGAUUAUAGGAAGGUCUCUGAGUUGCUUCUUAUCACGCUGUAACAUCCAGCCUGCGGGCGCACUCAAGACGCUUCUUCGAGCUUCAGAGGGAAGAAAGGAAAACUCAUGGAAAACAAAAUGCACGGAAAGAUGAGUGCCAUCAGCACCACGUCGAUCGCUGAUUCAACUGAUUCGAAAGUAAGCGACUUGACUGAUGCUGGAUACAGCAGGUCUGUCAAAGUGGUCGCGCGUAAUUUGGGAAAUCUAGACCCUUUAAUUCAUGGCUUAAAUUCGAGUGGGGACUGCACGGUUUAUAAGGACUGCAAUUCUAUUGAGGCGUCAGUUUCUGCAAAACAGUCUUAUGACAGCAACAGUGACUAUAUAAAGUCUGGUUGUGUUCCCUGGGAAGAAUUAGUUAAACUUCAUAGGUCCAGCGCAUCUCUGUCGGAAAGUGCCGCAAAUCUAAGCCUGUCCUCCACAUCUGGGGCUUGUAAGUUCAUUAAAGACGAAAAGGAGCCCGCUGUGAUUAUGGACACCCCCUGUCCGAAGUUUGACACAUCAUCUGAGAUUCGCACUCUCGACACCUGCUGCGAAACCGACAGCAAGCAACACCUGGGGCUCGAAGUAAUUCCCCGGCCACGGAUGGAGGGCUCUCCUACCUUUCUUAUAGAGCUGACCAAGCCAGAGCAGCUGGGGAACUCCGGAAGGACCGACUCCAGGUGUGCUGUGUCCGCCCAUUCCCCCGCGCCUCACACCACUUCACGUUGGCAGAUCCAAACCCCUAGUUCUGAGCCUCCGUACUGGCUCCACACCGCAGCUAUGACCGAGACGGACGCCUUUCCAGCCAGCAGCUACGAAGGGAUUCAGAACCACAUCCAGACCCAGAGGAACCCUUCACCUUUCUCCACCUUUCCAGGGAUGCAGCCUCAGAGAAUGUGUGUUAUCUGUGGUGAUGAAGCAUCUGGCUGCCACUAUGGAGUCCUAACGUGUGGGAGUUGUAAAGUAUUUUUCAAAAGGGCAGUGGAAGGCCAUCACAGCUAUCUCUGCGCUGGGCGAAAUGAUUGCAUUGUGGACAAAAUUCGGAGAAAAAAUUGCCCUGCAUGUCGCCUCAGAAAGUGUUAUCAAGCAGGAAUGAUGCUUGGAGGCAGGAAACUGAAGCGCUUUGGAGCCUUGAAGGCCUUAGGCUUGGCCCCGUCCCUGAUGUUCCAGUCCCAUUUGGCCAUGUCCGGAGAUGGCCAGGCCCUGACCUCCAUGUCUUGUGUACCAAGCAUCCAUGAGCUUCAGCUUUCCCAACAAAUAAUUAACAUCCUGGAAAACAUCGAGCCUGAGAUUGUGUACUCUGGUUACGACAACUUACAACCUGAAGUUCCCCAUCUUCUGCUCAAUAGUCUCAACAGGCUGUGCGAGAAACAGCUACUGUGGAUUGUCAAGUGGUCCAAGUCCCUGCCAGGUUUUCGAAAUCUUCACAUCAAUGAUCAGAUGACUCUAAUUCAGUACUCAUGGAUGAACCUGAUGGUGUUCUCUCUUGGGUGGCGCUCUUUUCAGAAUGUCACCAGCGAAUAUUUAUACUUUGCGCCUGAUCUGAUUCUUAGCCAGGAGCAAAUGAGGAGAUCCCCAAUUUAUGACCUCUGCCUGGCAAUCCAGUUCAUUCCUCAGGAGUUUGCCAACCUACAAGUGACCCGUGAGGAAUUCCUCUGCAUGAAAGCUAUAAUAUUACUCACCACAGUGCCUCUUGAAGGUCUGAAAAGUCAGGCCGCAUUUGAGGAAAUGAGACAAAACUACAUACGAGAGCUGUCCAGAGCCAUUCACAUGAAGGAGAAGGGCAUGGUGGCCAGCUCCCAGCGGUUCUACCACCUUACCAAACUGAUGGACGCCAUGCAUGAUAUAGUGAAGAAGGUCAACCUGUUCUGUCUGAGCACCUUCAUCCAGGCCGACGGCAUGAAAGUGGAGUUUCCAGAGAUGAUGUCAGAAGUCAUCGCCUCUCAACUUCCCAAGGUUCUGGCUGGGAUGGUGAAACCCCUGUUGUUCCACACGAAGCAGUAAUGCAAACAUCAUGACUCUAUGGUGGUGGCCUUUGACUGGAUUACUGCUGCAGAAUGCUUAAUUCUUCAGACGCUGCAUUCUGCUGUAGUCAAAUGUGUAAACUAUGAUAAAUGCCUCAAUAUAAGGCAAAAUGCUAAAAAAAAAAAAAUGAAUUGACAUGAAUGUAAAGUGCCUACGAAAGCAUGAAUGUCCUUGAUUGUUUAAUUUUCAGUUUUUAAUCAUGUUACAAAAGCAAACUUGAAUAUAUUUUAUUUAGGUUUUCUGUAACAAACCUAC